GUGCGGGCGCCGCGCGGGGCAGCCAUGGCAGCGCUCUGGGAGGACGUGCUGCGGGACCAGCCGGCGGUGCGGGAGGCGGCGGCGGUGGCGGUGGACGCGGCGCUGCUGGAGGGGGUGCUGAUGCGGACCGAGGGCCAGCCCAACGCCUCGGAUGUGGUGAAUUAUGCCCCCUUCACGCUGCUCCCAUCUGCAGUACCAAGGGCCUUGUUUGAGCAAGCAUAUGCUGUUCAGCAGGACUUCAACCUGCUCGUGGAUGCCAUCAGUCAAAAUAAAGAAUUCCUGGAGCAAACUCUGGCCAGCACCAUCAAAGUAGAUGACUUCACAGCUCGACUCUUCAGAAUCCACACGCAGGUUCUGGAGGAAGGCUUGGCUCAGUCUGUGUUUUUAGGCAUAAACCGCUCUGAUUACAUGUUUGACUGUGGGGUGGAUGGGACCCCAGCCCUGAAGCAGAUAGAGAUCAACACCAUUGCUGCCAGCUUUGGAGGCCUCACCUCCCGCACUGCUGCUGUCCAUGGGAGGGUGUUGAAGGUGCUGGGGAAGCCUGAGGAGGCAUCGCGGCUGCUGACAAACAACCCCUCCCGAGGGCUGGCCUGGGGUAUUGCCAAGGCCUGGGAGCUCUAUGGUGCUCCAGGUGCUGUGGUGAUGUUUCUGGUGGAGGAAGUCCAGAGGAACAUUUUUGAUCAGCGAUGUGUAGAAAAUGAGCUUUGGAACAGGAAUAUCCGGGUCAUCAGGAAGCGGUUCAGGGAUGUGUUUGAAAAGGGGUCUCUGGAUGAUGCCAGGAGGCUGUAUAUGGAGGGCCAGGAGGUGGCAGUGGUGUACUACAGAGAGGGCUACGUGCCAAAGAACUACGACCAGCAGAACUGGGAGGCACGUUUGUUGCUGGAGAGAUCGAGGGCAGUGAAGUGCCCUGAUAUUGCUACUCAGCUGGCAGGCACCAAGAAGGUCCAGCAGGAGCUGAGCAGGCCAGGGACACUGGAGAGGUUGCUGCCUGGCCAGGCUGAGGCUGUGGCUCGAAUCAGGGCAACGUUUGCUGGACUCUACUCUCUGGACAUGGGAGAAGAGGGUGACAAGAUGGCUGCUGCAGCCAUUGCUGACCCCGACCGCUUCGUGCUGAAGCCCCAGCGAGAAGGGGGAGGGAACAACCUCUAUGGUGAAGAGCUGAGACAAGUCCUGGAGAAGAUCAGAGACAGCCCUGAGAGAACCUCCUACAUCUUGAUGGACAAGAUCAAACCACAGCCAUCCAUGAAUUACUUGCUGAGGGCUCACAGUCCCCUGCAAGUGUCCGAGUGCAUCUCAGAGCUUGGGAUUUUUGGUGUCUAUGUCAGACAGGGCCAGGAGCUGGUGAUGAACAGGGCUGCUGGCCACCUGCUGCGGACCAAGGCCACCAAGCACGCCGAUGGGGGGGUGGCAGCUGGGGUGGCCGUGCUGGACACUCCAUACCUGGUGUGAGGAGGUGAUGUCCUGUGCCACCCACCUCGUUCUGCUGCCCGAAGAGCUGAGCUGCCACAGCCUCUUCUCCUUAGUGUGAUCUUGCCAAGGCUGAUGUGCUGGGGGCUGUGAGGAGGGACUGUGUGGACACAACUACUCCCUUAGGGCAGCAGCUUCUCCUCUGCAAUUCCUCCUGUGGGAAGAAGGGACUUCUUUGCUCUGCCUGCUCAGGGGGCCCUUCCCCAUGGACGUGCCAGCUGUGACCUUCCAGGGCUGUGGUGUUGGUCAGGGUGUUCCCCUGGGGUCAAGCCUGUGGGCAGGGACCUGUACAGCAAAGCUGAUGGGUGAGUGUCCCACACCAGGCACUGUUCUCUGUUUUGUGCUCCUUGAUGCUGUAUUAUUUCUGGAGACAGAUGCCCAAAGCCUGGGGAAGGGGAGGAGAAAGGUGGAUGUGCCAGUAGCAGCCUUCACCUCUGGGAUUUGCAGCCCAGUGCCUCAGUGCUUUCCAGGCUGAAGAGGGGAGCCUUGCCCUACAGGCCCAUGGCCCCUCUAGCCCUUGCUCAGGUGCCACUGCCCCCAUUUCUGUGUUUCCCUGUGCCCAAGGAUCCUGCACAAGGGAAAGCUGACCUGGUGUAAUUGACCCAGGGGCCUCCUGCUUGCUCUUUUUCUGCCCAACCUCUGCUUUGUUGGGAGUGGGUACUCAUCCCCAGUCGUGCCUCAGUGCUGCCCAGGGCAGGCAGCAGUGCAGAAUGCAUCUGGGGUGCCCUGGCUGCAUCUGCUCUCUCUGCCUCCUGCAGCCAGAGCCAGUGGCUCCCCACGGGUUGGCUUACGUGUCCCUUAGCAAUGGUGGCAGAUCCCAGUGUGAGGUGACCUGGAGCCCUGUGUCACAGCUGGUGUUCUGACACCCCCUGACUCCCUGCCUUGUGCCAGUGCCUCUCCCUGCACCAGGCACCCAGCAGCUCCUGUGUGUGACUGAUGCUGGGUGGUGGUUUGGGGGGGCUUUACCCCCAGCCAGAGAUUAAAAGGUAUGUGCAAUCUGAA